GUCUCUUCUAGGAAUUUGAACUUCGUUGACAGUCCGAAUCCUGCCGAUGAAGCCUCCUUAAACGGCUGUCAAAAUGAGGAGGAAUGCGAGUACGACUCGCGGCAGCGCGUGGGCCGCUCGAAUGCGCUUACACAGAAGCGCCAAGUCGAAUGUGGCAGACUCCCGAAGAAAGAGCGGCUAAACUGUCAACUAUUUAUGGGCAAGAGAGGGCCUGAUUUCUCUAGAAAGACGUACGAGCGCUUUGCGAAUCCUUUACAGCUUCAAGACCCCGAUCCAAGAUGCACAAAAUUUACCUGUCGUUUCAACCCAAGUGGCAAAAAGAAAUUUAUGGUUAAGAAAGGUGUCCGUGUUACUGCACCGAAGGAGGAUAGCAUGGGUGAUGUAACCUCAGACACCAACUCAAAAGCUUGUACCAAUCCGGCAGACUUGUUUUGCUACGGUAAUGGAGCUGGACGAAAGCGAUCGGUAAGUUGUCCUUACAUUACCAUACAACUCUUUCCCGCCCAGGCUUAACUUAUUCCCUUCCACGUCUAGCGGGGAAUUAGACCAUGGAAACUGCUCAUCAUCUCGGCUUAUUGUGCGACAUCUUCUCAAGUUGCAUUGGUUUUUCAAGGGUGUGCCCGAUGCUGUCCACCUUGCAACUUCUGAUAUAAUGAUCGUUUUUUUUCCUCCUGUUUCGCUAUUGCUUACAAUUAUCAGUUCCUUAGGACCCCUAGUGGAAACUCGGGCUUACCAAGGCAUAAUCAUCUAACUUCGGGUUCCCGUUUAUAGAAUGAAUGCUUUGUAAGCUUGCAGGAUUUCGUAACUAUUGAGGUAGCAGGUAUUUGUAAACCACGCGUCGUGGUUUUGCAUGUAGGGCCAGGUUGUUAAGCUUUUUAAAAUGCCGGUCCCCAUGGUCGAAUCUUUGCGAAUUGAAAAUUAUCAGAACGCGGUAAAUAAUGAUUUUUUUAAAAAAAAUAUAUAUACUUUAGGAGACAAAAACACCUGUUUCUAAAACAUGCUUCUCCAAGUUGAGGCAGAGCAUAUGCAAUACGCUGUGUGAUCAAGCACUAAAUAAACUGCAUGCUAAGGGGAAUUCUGAUAUUAUUUUUUGGAAAGGACUAUUAAGUGACUUAAUUAUUUUUGAAAGAACGACAUAGAAAUAUUGAAGACACACAGAAGAAUGUAUCAGAUGACUCUGACUAUAUUACUUGGAGACUUAAAAUGGUGGAUUCCGCUUCUUUUCCGUAACUUAUAAAACAAAAUUUGGCUGAUUUGUGGGGAGGAUUUUUAGGGAAUCAUUGGGAAAACUUAGGCUCCAUCAAUAAACGUACAAUUGUUCGGAUCAAUGCUAAUAUCUGAGCAACUACGCACCUACCCCUCCCCUAACCCAACAACAGUCAACUGGUAGCAAGUUAGGGUUAAUGUUGGGUCAGGGGAGGGGUAGGUACGCAAUUGAUCAGAUACUGAAUUUGAUUCAAUUGUUCCAUCAUUAGAUUCCUGAAAUAGAACAAAACUGCUCAGAUCCAGAAAAUAGUAAGUCUUCAAUAUGCCGCUGGGGAAGUCAAGGGAAAAAAAGUUUUUCCGGUUAGAAGCUGAGCACGAUAGACGAUCUGAGGUGGGCAUGAAAACGUCGUCUUUGUUUAUAAAACAAUCACCCUAGCAUCCUGGCCUCCAAAAAAAAAUUAAAAUUUUAAAUGAAGUAUUUAUCGUUUGGCAUAUGAUGUGGUCACUUUUAUAUUGGAUUGGACGGACAGCGGACCGCUGAGGGAGCAGAUUAUCUUAAUACACCUGUAAAAAAUGUAAUAACCAGCCAG